GUUUCGCACUCUAGAUGACCAUCAAUUGAAUAUGCCCCCCCAGGCUCGCGAGAAGCUGAGAUACCCGCGCCCUGCCUCCUUGGCAUGUACGGAAUGUCGCCGUAGACAUCUCAAAUGCGACGCGCGGCUCCCCGUUUGCUCGCGGUGCUUGGAGUGGGGUUGUAAUUGCCGUUACUUGAAGUCAAGAAGGGGUGGAAAGCGAAAAUAUCCUAUCGUGCCAAGCGAUAAUCAAGACAUUGUGGAAACCAAUAACAACGAUUGUCACGAUGUGAUCAUAUCAUCUACCCAACAGCUCCAGGCUGAAUCAUCGCCGGCAGCAGCACUGUUCAAUUUGAAUAGACCCUGGCCAGGGAGUAUCGAGCAAGAUACAAACAGAAGCGUCACUAUUGACACCCCAAUUGCGAUCUCGCAAUACGAAGGAACACCACCUCCCGGGUCGCUAUACACUGCGCAAGAGCAAUUUGCUGCUAGCAGCGAUGGGGCAGUUAGGAUCCCAGCGGACGACACCCUUGUGGAGCUUUACUAUGAAAACUUCCAUCGCAGCCAUCCGAUACUGCUUCCAAAGAUCGUAUAUGAUGAAGGUCACCAAUACCCUCGAUAUCUGAAUUUGGUUAUCCAGUACAUUGGCAGCCAUUACUCCACUAUUCCAACAGCAGCCUUGGGGACCCUGGCGACCGAUGAACUAAACAAAGCAAGAGAUGGACAAGUCUCGCUCGCGCUUGUGCAAGCCAAGUUACUGUUGGCCAUAGCGUUCUACAGCAAUGCAAAUGCCCAGGAGGCACGCAAGUGGCUUUUGCAGGCCAUAGAUGCAGCUACAGGCUUAGGAAUGAACGGGAAAUCAUUUGCAGACUUUAGCUACGUACAAAAUGGGAUAGAUAUUAAAGCUGAAAGUGCGAGGAGAACAUGGUGGGAGCUAUAUGUGCUAGAUGGUUUGAUCACAGCAUUUGAUUAUAGAGACAUGUCAAAUUUCAACAUCAGUGUCAAGAAAUGUGACGUCGAGAUGCCUUGCGAAGAAACUGUUUACGCGGAAGGGAAACGUAUUCCUAGUCCCUAUUCUCGUCAAGAACUCGAGUCUCGAGUAUUUGGUGAACAGGAAGGCGGAGAAGGGAUUUUGGAAACGCACGCAAGUGGCAUCCUUUCAUCUUUUACAUACCGCAUCGACGCGAUAGAUAUCCUCGUACAAGUUGUCGCGGUAAGGGACCAAAACAAUGCCAAACGGGACAAGGUUCAAGCUGUUGACAACACACUCGCUAGUUGGGCACACUAUCUUCCAGCUAGCAAAGCUGAAAUUGUUAACGCUUAUGGCGAAAUCGAUGAGAUGUUGCUUCAGGCUCAUAUGGUCAUACAAACAGCUGCCAUUCUUCUACAUUUUCCAAGGAGUAACCUCAACUUAGACGGCGUGUUCAUCAACAGAGACGAUACAGAUAUCAAUGUUCUCUAUGGCCCAUUAUCACAAAGGCUUCCUCCCUCUUCCACUAGGCAUAUUCACGGCAUAAAAGCGACGGAAGCUUCAAAACGUCUUUCUAACCUCUUUUCGCUUUGCACGUCCAUGCAGAAGAAUAGUCCCUUGUUUGCAUUUAGCCUCUCCCUUUGCGGGCUUGUGCAACUAGCAACAUUCCGCGCUCAUGCUCGCAUUGAUACAUCUCUGAGUUGUUUGGAACAACAUCGUGCCCGAGUACGUCUCAUUGUUGGGCUGUUGAAAUCGUCUAGUGAAACGUGGCCGCUUUACAAAGUCAUUCAGCGAAGAUUGAAAAAGACUGCGAUUGAUACCUUUCAGAUAACGAAAUCUAAAUAUUCAAGCGUGAAACUGCCAGAGCUGCCUUCUGGUGGUGCAGAUGAAGCUCAGUCCGUUAAUCGUUCCACGGAUAUAAUAUUCCAACCCGGAGCUGCUCACACAUGGAUGCCACUGCCUGGACAAUUUGAUUGGCCUGAACUGGCGCCUUGGGUUUGGGGAUAGAUAAAUGAACCUGUAUCAGAAAAUUUUGCAACCGAGGAACCAAACUAAUCCUUACUACUUAAGGGUGCGCCCUUUUGGUACCGUGGUUAAAGGUUUGACUGCUGCAUAUUUAGUGUUAUGAUCCAUGUGUUUCCGCUACUCUGAAACUCCCGCUUCGUGAUUUAUACGUUCCUUGUAUAUCAUGUGCUAUAAAUUAGGUCCCAAUAUCCCUAUGUAUCUAGAUAACCAUCAUCCAUAUACCUCAAAAUGCAUAUCUCUUAUAGAUCGUUACA